GCCUCGGCCCCGGUUCCGCAGUUGUGCGGCUCUUGGGGCGGGCGGAAGAAAGUGCUGGUCCAGGCUUCGAGCGUGCUCGCCCCCCUCCCACACGCUCCGAGGCGGCUCUCCAAACAAAGCCUCCCGGUGCGCCCCUCGGGGGCCCUUGCUCCGCCUGGGGACCCCGGGCCUGGAGUGAGGGAGAAGAGGGGGACUGAAUUUCCUGGGAGAAAGGAAAAGCGAGGGCAAGUGUCCUAAAUCAGCUAUCUUUAAAGGAAUCGCCUUCCCACCCAUUCCCCGGAAGGGAUUUCAAGCCUUCUCUUGCCACACCGUCUGUGUGGUCUGAUCCGGCAACUAUCGGCGGCUAACACUUGAAAUGUAGCUAGUGUGAGGCAUAUAAGAGUGCUUCUUGCUAGAGGAUGAAGGAUGAAGAAAGACAUAAUGUUAAGAGGCUGGGAUGCAGAUGGAAAAGGCCCUAGUGUCUGGGACACAUUCACCCAUCAGGGAGGAGAGAGAGUUUUCAAGAACCAGACUGGUGAUGUAGCUUGUGGCAGCUACACUCUGUGGGAGGAAGAUUUGAAAUGUAUCAAACAGCUUGGAUUGACUCAUUACCGCUUCUCUCUUUCCUGGUCACGUCUGUUACCUGAUGGGACGACAGGUUUCAUCAACCAGAAAGGAAUCGACUACUACAACAAGAUCAUCAAUGAUUUGUUAACAAAUAAGCUUACGCCCAUAGUGACACUGUACCACAUAGAUUUGCCCCAGGCCUUAGAAGACCAAGGAGGUUGGUUGUCGGAGGCAAUCAUUGAAUCCUUCGAUGAAUAUGCCCGGUUUUGCUUCGGUACGUUUGGGGAUCGAGUAAAGCAGUGGAUCACCAUAAAUGAGCCUAACAUGUUAGCCCUGGUGGCGUAUGAUUUGGAUGUGUUCCCUCCUGGUGUACCUAACCUGGGAACGGGAGGCUAUCAGGCCGCCCACAAUUAGAUUAAGGCCCAUGCCAGAUCCUGGCACAGCUAUGAUUCCUUAUUCCGAAAAGAGCAGCAGGGCCUGGUGUCCUUAGCAUUUUUUACUGGCUGGGCGGAACCAGCAGAUCCCAACUCAGUGUCUGACCAGGAAGCUGCUAAAAGAGCCAUGGCUUUUCACUUGGAUUUUUUUGCUAAACCUAUAUUUAUUGAUGGUGACUAUCUUGAAAUCGUCAAGUCCCAGAUUGCUUCCAUGAGCCAAAAGCAAGGCUAUUCAUCAUCACGGCUUCCAGAAUUUACAGAAGAAGAGAAGAGAAUGAUCAAAGGCACAGCUGAUUUCUUUUCUGUGCAAUAUUAUACAAGUCGCUUAGUCAAGUACCAAGAGAAUGAUAAAGGAGAACUGAGUAUUCUGCAGGAUAUGGAGAUUGAAAUUUUUCCAGACCCGUCUUGGAUAAGUUUGAAUUGGAUCUCUGUGGUGCCAUGGGGACUACGUAAACUACUGAAAUACAUUAAGGAUAUGUAUAAUAACCCUGUAAUUUACAUCACUGAGAAUGGGUUUCCCCAGGGUGACCCCCCAUCUCUUGAUGACACUCAGCGCUGGGAGUAUUUCAGACAGACAUUUCAGGAACUGUUCAAAGCUAUCCAAUUUGAUAAAGUCAAUCUUAAAAUAUAUUGUGCAUGGUCUCUUCUGGAUAACUUCGAGUGAAGCAGGGGAUACAGCAUGCGGUUUGGUUUCUUCCACGUUGAUUUUGAAGAUCCAGCUCAACCCCGAGUCCCUUAUGCGUCAGCAAAGGAGUAUGCCAAGGUCAUCCUAAACAAUGGACUAGAGGGACAUCUGUAGAAAAGAUGGAUGAGCAGUAUU